GGUUCAAAUAAUCUCAAAUGAUAUAAACAUAAUAAAGACAAAUAGUGUAAUAUUGUGACAGAUGAUGGCUAAUAAGUACAACAACACUGCUACAGUUAAGUUACACAACCACCAUAAAACUUCACGGCAAAGGAGAAAACAUCAGGAAAGAUUCAGCCAAAAGGAAAGACAACUACAAUGUUACCAUGCACAACUAAAGUAGUCAAUUAAACCAAUAGAAACAAUGAUGAUAGUUAAGAUAAUUAAAUAAUACAAAUGGGUCUAAAGAUGGUGAAGCUAGACGUGCAGGGUAUGUCCAGUUUAGCAUCUUUUUAAAUGUCAGACUGAGUCAUUUCUUCAACCGGCACAAACAAAGCAGAUGAGAAGUGACCGUUUAAAACUGUUCGGAGGUUCAUUUUAGCUGCUGAGUUUCAUUUCUGCUUCUUCACGACCGAAUAGAUCUGACGUCACUACAUUUAGACUUCAAAAAACCAACAACAUUUAAAAAAAAGAGACUUAGUGUCUUCUAUUAAUUUAAAGCUUAAACGGAGCUUUUAAAUGUCCUAAUAAUUCAUUUAAAAGCAGAAGUAACAUUCAGGGUCACCUGUGCUCGGAUAACUCGGACUAAACAAUUCUCAAUUCAUGUUAAUCAACAUAAAUCUAAAAUGUUUCAGGGUGUUUUUACUUUACUCAGUCAACGAAAAAAUACAACUUCAAUAUUGUAUUGUCUGUUUUUUUCAAGCAAAAUAAAAAUAGUUAUCUGUUUAUAGAUUCUCAUUGGUCACCUAUCCUAUAUGUGAAAAUAAACUGGAAAUCUUUAGGUUUUGGAAAAAUACUUUUGUAAUGUUGUUUUUGAGCAUAAUCUCACAUUUAAUAGACCAAACAAAUAAUCAAUUGAUAGAUAAAAUAAUCAGAAGACUAACUGAUAAUACAAAUAAUCUUAAAUUGCAUUUUAAAUGUAUUUAAUCAACUUUUAUGGAAACAGUAGGGCAAUUAAAAAGUAUGCAGCAAAACAUUACAAUAAAUUCUAAAUUUUUUUAUGCAUUUUAAAUUCGACUUUUUCUUGGAUACCAGUAAUUUAUUUUUCUUUUAGUGACAUUCAUUAAAUUAGUCCCUGUCCGCUCCCCUUUAAUACAGUCCUACAAAUCAAUGGGCCGAAUGAUCUUAUCGGAGCUAAAGCUGCAUACAUGUUGGCCAGCAAAAAAACACUGCAUGGAAACAUUAAAGAUAUGUUUGAAACAUUGUUUUCCACGGAUUGUUCAUGUUAAAAUAUUAAAUAGCAAGCGUCUUUAUAACAGACUGAAGAUUAAGUUUUAUUGGCUCCAUUUGCUUUUAUUCUUUUUUGGCAAAAAAAGGAAGUGACACAUCUCACGUGUGGGGACUGCGCUCUCUUCUCAUUGGCUCACAGACCUGAAGGUCUCAGGUCAUGAGGUUUGGACCCACUUUGAACUGUCAAGUUGUUGUUUGAGUCGGAUCAGGUCCAUUACACUUUGAUAGAUUAUCUUUAUGUCUACUUUGGGAGGUGAUAGAUCAGUUUCAGAUUCCCAACAUGACCACCCCAGCGCCGAUCUCUCCGGAGGAACAGGAGGAACUUAGAGAAGCUUUCGCCAAGAUUGAUGUGGACAACAAUGGAUUCAUCAGCAAGGCCGAGCUCAACGAGCUCUUCAGGGCCGCUAACCUGCCGCUGCCGGGCUACAGGGUCAGAGAGAUCGUCCAGGAGCUGACCAAGUCCUCCGACCAGCUGACCUUUGAUGAAUUUACUCAGAUUGUCCACGGGCUGAAGAGCACGGCGGUGGCAAAGACCUUCAGGAAGGCGAUCAAUAAAAAGGAGGGAAUCUGUAACGUGGCAGGAACCUCAGAGCAGUCUGGCACUCAGCACUCAUACUCAGAGGAGGAGAAAGUAGCCUUUGUAAACUGGAUCAAUAAAGCGCUGGAGAAGGAUGCCGACUGUAAACAUGUUCUGCCGAUGGAUCCUAACAGCGACGACCUGUUCACCGCUAUGGGAGACGGGAUCGUUCUCUGUAAGAUGAUCAACCUGUCGGUCCCCGACACCAUCGACGAGAGAACCAUCAACAAGAAGAAGCUCACGCCUUUCACCAUCCAGGAGAACCUGAACUUGGCUCUGAACUCGUCGUCGGCCAUCGGCUGCCACGUGGUCAACAUCGGAGCUGAGGACCUGAAGGAGGGCAGGCAGCACCUGGUCCUGGGUCUGCUGUGGCAGGUCAUCAAGAUCGGGCUGUUCGCCGACAUCGAGCUCAGCAGGAAUGAAGCUCUGAUCGCUCUGCUGCGUGAUGGAGAAAGUCUGGAGGAUCUGAUGAAACUUUCGCCCGAGGAGCUGCUGCUGCGUUGGGCCAACUAUCACCUGGAGGAGGCUGGCUGCGGCAAGAUCAAUAACUUCAGCUCCGACAUCAAGGACUCCAAGGCGUACUACAACCUUCUGAACCAAGUGGCACCCAAAGGAGACGAGGAGGGAAUCCCCCCCAUCGCCAUCGACGUGUCAGGACUCAGGGAGAAAGAGGACCUGCAGCGGGCCGAGUGCAUGCUGGAUCAGGCUGACCGGCUCGGAUGCAGACAGUUCGUCAUGCCAACUGACGUUGUCCGCGGCAACCCCAAAUUGAACUUGGCCUUUGUUGCCAAUCUGUUCAACAAGUACCCGGCUCUGAAGAAACCAGAGAACCAGGACAUCGACUGGAGCUCCAUCGAAGGUGAAACCAGGGAGGAGCGAACCUUCAGGAACUGGAUGAACUCACUGGGGGUCAACCCUCGUGUCAACCACCUCUACAUAGACAUCGAUGACGCCCUCGUGAUCUUCCAGUUGUACGAGAAGAUCAAUGUGCCGGUGGACUGGGACAAAGUCAACAAGCCUCCGUACUCUAAACUGGGCAGCAACAUGAAGAAGCUGGAGAACUGUAACUACGCAGUGGAGUUGGGAAAGAAGGAGGCCAAAUUCUCUCUGGUGGGAAUCGCAGGUCAGGACCUGAACGCAGGGAAUCGAACCCUCACCCUCGCUCUGCUCUGGCAGCUCAUGAGGAGAUACACCUUGAACAUCCUGGAGGACCUGGGCGCCGGUCAGAAAGUGACGGAUGACACCAUCGUGACCUGGGUCAACGACAUGCUCACACAGGCUGGGAAACCCAAAAUCUCCAGCUUUAAGGAUGGUUCUAUCGGCAGCAGUAUGCCGGUUCUGGACUUGAUCGAUGCCAUCCAGCCCGGAUCGAUCAGAUACGACCUGCUGAAGACAGAAGAUCUAACUGAAGAGGAGAAACUCAACAAUGCAAAGUACGCCAUCUCCAUGGCCAGGAAAAUCGGUGCCCGGGUGUACGCGCUGCCCGAGGACCUGGUGGAGGUCAAACCUAAGAUGGUGAUGACGGUGUUUGCUUGCCUCAUGGCACGCGGCAUGAAGAGAGCCUAACGACCACCUACAAUAGAAUCGAUCCACAUGGUUUCUAGAUAGGUCAGAUAAUAAAGAAAGUGGUGAUGUCCGAAGGCAAAGGCACACUGGAAAGUUUAUGUUUGGUACAACCACUGCAGUCUAUUCGUUUUACACACUGAAGAAAAGUCCAGGCUUUAAACUCAAACAACUUCCUUGAGUUUGAGCCUAGAAAAAUGUCAAAGUAAUCUGAUUGUUAAACUCUUUUUGUUGCAAUAUUGUCUUUUGUCUUAAAGUUAUUUGCAACAGUGAAGCAGGUUAAUCAUGGAGGAUUUGUCAUUUACUGUUAGUUUGUGCGGUACAGAACGAGUCUUACCUGUUCAGGGUUUCACUUGAUUACAGAGUCAAAAUCACAAACUUCACACUCAAUGUACGCAACAAAUAAACAGAUUUUUGUAA